AUGUCGCUUCUGGCAGCGGACCUUGAGAAGCUUUCAGUGGCAGACCUCAAGAAACGGCUCUUCUGGGCAGGGGCGUCGCUGCCCGACGGCCACUUGGAAAAGGCGGACAUCAUCAGUGUCGUCAAGAAAGCUGAAGAGGAGAAGGCUGAAAAGGCUGCAGAGGCCGACCAGAAGAGGGUCGAAGAGGAGAGAGGCGUACCGAAGCCGGACCCUAAACCUCUGGAUUUCGACAACAUCAAGUGCCCAGAUGAGGAGAAGCAGAUAGUCGAGCUGCACCUCCUCACAGAGAAGCAGCUGCGGGACAGGAUCGAGCAGGCCGGACACGACGUACCCAAGGGCGAGCCAAGCAAGCACUAUCUGGUCGCGCUCUGUCGGAAAGCCAUGAAGGACCCCCGCGAGCCCAAGCCCAAGAAAGCGGAGGCUCAAGAGGACGAGGAGGAGGAGGCCGUGGUACCCAAUCGAAGACCGACAAUCGGGGAUAGGGUGCAGAUCCGGGACACCAUGAUCAUGAAGCGGUAUUUGCCGGAAGCCAUCGGUAAGGUAUUCCGCAUCUUCAAAGAUGAUGGUGGGGCUUUCCCAUACAGGCUAGCAGGUGUGGGGGAGCAGCGCCACUGGUUCAGCGAGGAUGACAUCUGCUGGCCGGUAAAGAAAGCUCAGAAGACCUUUAUAACCCAAAAGGAGAGAGAGAGGACGAAAGCGAAGCCAGACAAUCAGCCGGAAAAGGUCGUCAUCAAUCACAACCGGUAUGGCUGCACCGCCGGAGAAGUUAGAGAUGUGCUCGGCGAGACAGCAGACAAGCGGAAUUGGGUUCUCAGUGGUGGCCGCCAGGUUCCCAAAAUGCACGAGGGGAGCGGUUGGAGUCGGAAGGUGGAGAAUUCCAACACCAUUUGUGAUGCUCGGCGUCCACCACCCCCGCCUGGCUCCGUUCCUCGAGCGCCGGCACCCGUGACCGUCAGUGAAGAAGAGAUGAUUGCUCAGAUGGAGGAAAUGCAAGCAGAGCUGGAUGCCCAAGCGGCGCAGGCACAAGCUCCCCAGAAGCCUGUGCCACCCGCAGCGCCCGAAGCGCCGCCUGUCGAGCCCGUGACAGCCCCGACGCCGGCGGCGCCUCCCUCGCCAGCAAAGCCGAGCCUUCAAAAGGCUCAGGAUCCGACCCAGAAGGACGAGACUGCCAAUCAGGCUGCAACCGAGCCCAGCGUCAACGGCGCCAGUGUCGUGGAUCCUGGCGAAGAGAGGUUCGUUCUGCCAAAGAGUUCCCCGGAGCGCUUUGCACGGAGUGCCGGCAUCCGCUGGCCACUGCUGGGCCAGAGGCAGGGUACCAGUACACAAGGUGUUCUUAGAUCACUGGAGCGGCAGGAGAAUGCCGCCCACGUGGUCCGAGAACCCCGCCUGCCGAAUGCGAGGUCGCUGGCCGUUGCGAGGCAGAUGGCUGUAUCUGCAGCACUGCGCACAGUGCGACGUGCAGUUCGUGAUGCAGCUGAUGAGGCCGUUUCUGGUCCACCUCGCCGACGCCAGGCCACGCGGCAAGACCGGCCCAGGCCGACUGAACGAUGCAGGAUCUCCCCACUGUUUGAGGCUGUAGUCGCGGCUUUACCCGCGGCCGAAGUGCCGACUCGACAUGACAUCCCCAAAGGGGAGCGUUGCGCGGUGUGCCAUGGCAAGCUCCUGCGCAGGGGGCGGAAGAUCCGCCACCUGCCGUGUGGUCACAUCUUCCACGACGACUGCAUCCUUCCGUGGCUUCAGAAGCGCACCGUGUGCCCACUCUGCCGCCGCGAUUUCUCGACGAUGGUUCAGGAAUCCAAGCAGAGAAGGGAUGCAUCAUGGGUGGCUACAAUGCUGAGUCGAGAGAACCAGCCCAAUGAGGAGGAGGCAGCUGCGGAAUCGCUGCAGCUGCGCGGGGACCUGCCCAUCCUUCUCGACUGA